AUGUUUGAAGAGGAAGAAGAAAUUUUAUCAUUUGAAGAAGAGGAAGAAGAAACACAAGAACCUGUGAAUUAUGAUGAAUAUAUUGAUAAACAAAUUCAAGAUGCUUUAAAUGAAAAUAAAGGAAAUUUAGAAAGAGAAUUAUUACAAAAAAUACCAAAUUCUGAAUGUUAUUAUAAUUCAAUAACAGCAGCAAUAGGACAACAAAACAAAGGAAAAACAUUAUCUGUUUUAAAAGAAAUUAUUAAAAUAUCACAAAAUGAUCCUUUUUGUCAUUUGUUAGUUUAUAUUAAUAAAACUGGAGAGCCAACAGAUUCAACAUUUGAAUCAAUAAAGAAAUUAAUUAAAUGUCCCAUAAUAUAUCGUAGUCAUGAAGAUGCUGAAGAAUAUAUUCAUCAAUUAUUAUUAUUCAAACAAUUAUAUAAUUCGAUUAAAGAAAAUCAUUAUGAUGAUAAAAUAGAUGAUAAUCAAAAGAAUGAAAUGUUUGAAAAUUUAUUUAUUAAUGAUUUUUCUAAAAAGUUUUGUCAUACAUUAAUUUUCUUAGAUGAUGCCGUAAAAUCUAAAUUAAUUGAAAAGAAAGAUUCUGAUUUUAAUCAAUGGCUAACACUAGUCAUGUGA